ACUUGGAAUAAAUACAAAACUCUAUACAAUAAAUCCUAAAGAUCGUAGUGUCAAUGAUUUGUAUGGUGUACUGGAGCCAACAUCACGUGAAUGGAUGGAUGGUUUAUUGUCGCAUUUAUUCCGUGUUAUGAAUCAAGUAGGCAGUGAUGUCAAUGAACGUCGUAUGCUUAUCUUUGAUGGUGAUGUUGAUGCCUUAUGGAUAGAGAAUAUGAAUUCUGUUAUGGAUGAUAAUAAGCUGUUAACACUGGUUAAUGGUGAACGUAUACGACUGCAACCAAAUUGUUCAUUGAUAUUUGAAGUGAAAGAUUUACAGUAUGCAUCACCAGCAACUGUAUCACGUUGUGGUAUGGUAUAUGUUGAUCCAAGUAGUUUAGGUUAUACACCAUAUUGGGAUAGUUGG